AUGGACGUCUCUUUCCGCACGGUUAGCAGUUUACCGGUCGGGCAUGACGGCCUACCAGCAUAUCAAGAACACAGCAGUGGGCCGACAAUUGACGUCAGAGUGAAGAUCCCAGAUGAUCCAGCAGAUAGCCCUUUCGAAUUCGUCAGAAUCAGGUUGCAAACUGCUGUCAAGACGCAAAUCGGCACGAGAACGGCCGUGCAAAAGGUGUUGAACCUUGUCGAAGAAUGCUCAUGGUCACAGUUCGUGCCGCUCUACGCACCCGCCAGCGACAAACAACGCGCGUACUCUGCGGCAAUAUCCUUUAGCAGACCUGCUGAGAAGCCGCUAUCAAGACUUUCAUCCCGGACAAACUCCCUACUGCCUGCAACAAACAUGUAUGGCACUACCUAUAUCACGAAGCAUACCGCCCUGAGCGAUCAGCAUGCAGUUGAAGGCCGCUGUGAAACGCACAUUUGGGUGUCGGCAGACUUUUUCCGCCACGGUGUACUAGUCCACAGCUCGCGGUCGGCUAUCGAGCUUGAUACACGACCAAGGCUGCUUGAGCUCGGGAGUAGCAAGCAGCAACCUAGCGGACCACUCACCACACAGUGUCGGCCACGGAUGUCAGGCGUUAAGGCUGGCUUGACCAGUUUCCGAAAAUCUACAAAAGCCCAAUCUUCUUUGCAAGUUCAGCUUCCCACAGACAGCCUCAUUGUGAGCCCCAGCCAGCUACGGAAUGGGCGUAACUGCUCCACUGUGUCUGUCCCGCUACAAGUCUCGGUUACUGGACUCUCCUCUGCGGAUGUCAAAGCGUUACUUCAAGAUGGCGGGCUCAGGUGCGAAGUGGAGACGAAAUGGAUCUCGAAACAUGCUUUCACGGCGCCAACCUCCAGCACUGAACACGCCGCAUCAGCAACCGUGACGAAACGUACUGCAACCACUCAGCACUCAGACAUUGCCUUCCCUCCAGUCUAUGAGGCAGACCUACCUGAAGAAAGUCAAGUUGUCUCGACCACUGGAGUCCUCGUGGCCAUGCUGCCGGAAUCUGCUGCAUUGCCAACCUUUUCGUCGGCGCUCUUGCAGGUGGACUAUGAGCUCGAAUUCAAGUUCUUGUUUCGUCUGGGUCGCUGUGCCAUAUACGAGGGCAAGACACGUACGCCGUGUACACUAGCCAGGUCAUAG